GAAUUGACUUUGCUAGUUGGAGGGCUCUAUUUUCUUUUCUCUUUUCUCUUUUUCUUUUUCUAUAUGAGUAUGAAUCACGGUUGAACUAUCCUCGUUUUCUGCGUAUCGUGGUUUCGUUAUUCUUGAUAUCGUGCUUUACAGCAUGAGUUCUUCGAUAUUUUACUUCAGCUUGUAUCGAGGGGUGCAACUGCGCACAUGUAUUGGGGGACGAGGUUUCGGUCUGUGCAGCAGACGCUUUUCGACGGUAAUCCACCAUGUCCGUUCAUCUUCAAUAUCGCGCGGUUGUGUAGGAAACAGGCCUACAAAAUCCCCGGUGCUUCAAACGACUACAACUAAGAAGGCGAUCUCCGCCCGAUAUAGUUCGCAUUCUCCAUCUUCGUUGCAAUUGGCCGCUGAAUCGAACAAAUCGGCAAAUCCAGUCACGCAUUAUAGGCCUCCUACAAGUGGGCUGGUUGCCUCUCUUCCUCGGUCAUGGAUACCUUACGCUGAGUUGGUGCGACUCGACAAGCCCGUUGGAACAUAUUACCUGUUUUUCCCAUGUAUAUUUUCGACGCUUUUGGCUGCUCCCAUGGCACCGUAUGCCACACUGCUGCAGAUUGUCGGCACAACAGGCCUUUUUUUCACCGGAGCAUUGAUUAUGCGCGGAGCCGGUUGUGCGAUAAAUGAUCUCUGGGAUAGGAAUCUGGACCCCCAUGUUGAACGCACAAAAUUUCGGCCAAUUGCAAGGGGAGCGCUGUCUCCCGAACAAGCGAUACUGUUCACAGGCACUCAGUUACUGGCUGGGCUUGGUGUGUUGCUCCAGUUUCCUACCCAGUGCCUAUGGUAUGGGAUUCCCAGUUUGCUUCUAGUGACGACAUAUCCCCUUGCCAAACGCUUCACCAACUAUCCUCAGAUCAUCUUGGGGCUUACAUUCUCAUGGGGCGCGAUAAUGGGAUUUCCAGCAUUGGGCGUGGAUCUUCUCGCCAAUCCCGAUGCACUGAAAUCAGCGGCAGCUCUCUAUUCUAGCUGCGUCGCCUGGACAGUAUUGUACGACAUGAUAUAUGCCCAUAUGGACAUAAAAGAUGAUGUAGCUGCAGGGAUUAAAUCAAUCGCUCUUCGCCAUGAACACAACACCAAAACCAUCCUUUCUGGCCUAGCUGUGACCCAGGUCGCAUUGCUUGCUGCGGCAGGAGUAACGGCAGGCGCUGGUCCUAUGUUUUUUGUGGGCAGCUGCGGCAGUGCAAUUCUUACCCUUGGCGCUAUGAUUUGGAAAGUUCAGCUGAAGAACAUCCAGAACUGUUGGUGGUGGUUUAAUAACGGUUGUCUGUUUACCGGAGGAGGCAUAGCAUUAGGGCUACUCUUGGAGUAUCUGGCGCAAGCUUUCGGCUUUUAUGAGAAAGAAGAAUCGAAACCAGAAGCGUCCCCAUCCCCGCAAUGAAUGGGAUAGAAGGGAAAUAAAUAUAUGAAUAAAUCCCCCAAUUGGUAUACCAAAGCAAAUAUCAACAAUUCCUCUGGUCUCAAUCUCUACAUAUCGCUGUUUUUGUUCAACAACACAAUUGCAAUGAGAAUAUAUUCUGCUGGCUUCAUAACCUGGUG